CAUGGCUUUGAACUUGAUUCACAUGGUGGCCAUGGUUCUCUCAGUGAUUAUAAGUUUAGGCUCUUUUGGGAUUUCCCAGACCGAAGAUUUGACAAAAGGGGCUUCAUUCAUCUUCGGAGAUUCGUUGGUAGAUGCCGGCAACAAUAAUUAUUUACCGACGUUGUCGAGGGCCAACAUUGCUCCUAAUGGUAUUGAUUUCAAAGCUUCCGGUGGCACUCCCACCGGCCGCUACACCAAUGGAAGAACCAUUGGAGAUAUUGUUGGGGAGGAAUUAGGGCAGCAACACUAUGCCUUGCCAUUUCUUGCUCCAAACACUACCGGAAGAGCCAUCCUGCACGGUGUCAAUUAUGCAUCGGGAGGCGGUGGAAUCAUGAAUGCCACCGGAAGAAUUUUUGUAAACAGGCUUUCAAUGGACAUCCAAGUUGAUUACUUCAACAUAACCAGGAAACAAAUUGAUAAAUUAUUGGGUGCAGCAAAUGCAAAAGAAUACGUCACAAAAAGAUCAAUUUUCUCCAUCACAAUAGGCUCCAAUGAUUUUUUGAACAAUUAUCUCCUACCUGUGAUUUCAAUGGGUGCAAGAAUCACACAAAGCCCAAAUGGGUUCGUCGAUGAUCUCAUCAAUCACCUACGAGGCCAACUUACGAGACUUUACAAGCUUGAUGCAAGGAAAUUUGUGGUGGGAAAUGUUGGACCAAUUGGAUGCAUACCCUACCAAAAGACUAUUAAUCAACUUCAUGAAACUGAAUGUGUUUCACUACCAAACAAGCUUGCACUUCAGUACAACGCCAGAUUGAAAGAUCUUCUGCAAGAACUCAACGAAAACCUCAAAGAUGCCACAUUUGUCCAUGCCGACGUCUAUGCACUUGUCAUGGAACUCAUCACAAAUUAUGACAAAUACGGAUUUACAACUUCAAGCAAAGCUUGCUGUGGGAAUGGUGGGCAAUUUGCCGGUAUAGUACCUUGUGGGCCAACAUCGAGCAUGUGUUCGGACCGGAGUAAGCAUGUUUUCUGGGAUCCUUACCACCCGAGCGAGGCUGCUAACGUUAUAAUUGCUAAACAGUUGGUGAAUGGUGGUGAAAAAUACAUGACUCCGAUGAAUCUCAGGCAGCUUCGAGAUCUUUGAACAACAUAUGUUACUUUUGAUGUCCAAAUCUUCAUGUAUAUUAUUAUUAUGCAUUGUGUGACUUGUGUCAACAACCACCCUUCGAAUAUAAAACAUGUUAGUCUGUGAAGAUUAUAUGAUUGUUGAACAA